CGUUUUGACUUCUGUUUUACAGUAACGGCGACGAGGUGACAACACGGACGGUAAACGCACGCAGGUAACAAUCGACUGAAAAUGGCCAAGAGCGCUGAGAGAUUGCCCGGUACUUCUACCAGACUUAGGACCAGGGAUGACGGCUGCUGCUCUGUGAAUUUCUUGAAAUACGUCCUUCAUAUUUACAACGUGGUGCUGUUUUUGUCUGGACUGGUGGUAGGUGGAAUCGGUAUCUGGACAGUAGUGUCAAAGCACAGCUACGUGUCCUUAAUGUCCACCUCGACGUAUCCCACUUUGGCUUACGCCCUGAUCGUCGCAGGUGUACUGGCUGUCAUCGGUAGCUGGCUCGGAUGCGGCGGCGUAACCUCGGAAAAUCGAUGUGUCCUCCUCAUAUAUGUCUUCGUGGUGAUGGCAGUGCUGGUUUUGGAAGCUGGAGUUGGUGCUUUGGCACGUCUCUACGAGGAACAGGUCGGUCCUGAAUUGAAGAUGAAUCUAAACCGCACUUUCCUCGAGAACUAUUCCGUGCGGUCCAGGGAGACCGCGGCAAUCGACCAAAUGCAGAAAGAAUUCAAAUGCUGUGGUGCCUUGAGAUUCGAGGACUGGCUCGUGAGCGAAUGGCACAAAGACGAAGAGGUCCUUAAGAACGGCAGUGUCGUACCUGACAGCUGCUGCAAGACGCCGACGUUACUUUGUGGGAAAAGGGAUCAUCCCUCAAAUAUUCAAUAUACGGGCUGCAUUUACAAGUUCCUGGAAACGACGAAGGACCACCUGAUAAUUCUGGGCGCUGUCGGGCUUGGUCUGUCUGUCCUCGAACUCUUCGGUAUAGUUCUCGGCUCCUGUCUCUACAUAAAACUCAGGCACGAUUUCGAUGACUGAGAAUUGCUUCAAUGCCGCGAAGGCAACAACAACGGCCAGUCGUGGUGUAGGUACAUGCAAGACAACUCGGGAACUGUUUGAUUAUCGGAGUAGGGGCGGGAAGACGCGCAAUUAUGUGAUCGCAAGACCAUUCGGAUAAAAAAGAUCCAUCUUUGACCGCGGACUCCUUUUUGCGACUCCCGCCUCUUACUCCUCCUCUUCGACCUCUCCCUCGUAUUUUCGAAGAAGUAUCAACGAGUUAAAACGACAGUAGCGAAGAAGAAACAAUAUCGUCUUCAGCAACUAUUUCUUUUCUCGCAUUUAAAACGAACGAAUAAUCGAAGAAAACAGCGAAAAAUCGAGGAUCGAAGAAGGAAUAUAAAAAUCGAUUCAGUAUCCUUGGAUCACGAAACGAAGGACUAAAAGCACUUUUUCAUCGUUGAACAUUUGCACAUCCGGUCGAGUUUGAGGUUCGCACAUCAUCGAUGAUAUGAGUCAAUUCCUUCAAAAGCGGUGUUAUUACAAGAGAUAGACGUAUUCAGGUAACCACAGAAAAUUCUUUAAAAAUUCAUAAAUUUUUAUCUUUUUCUAGAUUGUCAUUCUUUAAAAACUUAUAAAAAAAUAUUAAGAAUACAUUGAGAGAGAUUCAGAGAAUGACAUGCACUAUAAUUGAAAUUCCUGAGAACUUUUUAGUAUAUCCAUAUAAAAUUAUUCUACAUCAACAAAUAUAUACUUUGAGAAUUCAGGAGGAAUAAUGUUUAAGAAAUACAAUUAUAAAAUAGCCAGUAAAAAUUAAUUUGAUUAUAAUUAGUCUUUAUUUUUUUAAUUUUCUGUAAGUCUUCUUUAAAAUGUUUUCUUUAUGAAUUUAUAUCUAUAUUUAUGCUAUCUAUAAAUACACUAGUUCCCAUUAGUACAAUUUUGGAAACUUUUCUCUUAAUGCUGUUCGAAACAAUUAUUCAAUGAGAAAAUUUAUGAGAAUUAAUCAAAAACAAAUUUUCUUAUUGGAUCAUCGACUGUGUAUAGUUUGUUAAUUAAAGGUAAUACUUUUAAAUGUAAUACUUAAUUGAAAUACUUUUUCUCUAUGAAUAACAUCCCAUAUCCAACAGAAACAUUUAUUUUUGUAAUUCUCAGAAAAUACGUGUUUCUAUUACAUGUACGCAAUACGUUGCAAAACUCAUUGAGGGAAAGUGUUGCUAUAUUUAAUUAAGCCAAUUGUGUCAAAUUGCGUCGAGAAGCAUCCAAACGAUAUUGAGAAACCGAGUAUAAGAACAUAUAAGAAGACAUAUAAGAAAAUAGAAAAUCUGAAAUUUUAAAUAUCUUACCAAAUAACUCUUCUGGAAUUAUCCCUCUCUUUCCUGUAAUAACAUCGUUUUUGUUGUCAUCUUGCAAAAUACUCAUAAUAUCUAUAAGACGAAGCCUGGCUCUAGUGCCUCUCUUUCGAAGAAGCGGUUCCCCGUGAGAAAUUGUAAAGAUAAUUUCGACAAACGAUUUCGAUAAGCAAACGUACACGAUAAGUACAUACAUUUGCAGUUUACGCUGAACUAGUAAAAUUAUCUCGAACACGUAUCUACAUUUGUAAUCAAUACGAUUAAUAGACUAUAUAUUCUCUAAAUUACUUUCAGUAAAAUUUCAUUCAGAAAGUAGAAUGACAACCAAGAUACUGGAGUUUAAGUAACUUCUCACUCAUAUAGAGCAAAUCCUUUACUUUGAUUCGUCGAACGUAUAUUUUCACUUGAAAUUGAAGAGUCAAUAUGUACAGCCAGUGUUGCAACAGUUUUAUUUCAAUAAAUUUCAGAACUUGGUAUCCAGAAUUUGGUAUCCAACAGAAAUGAUUUCUUUUAAUAAUUCUCAAAAGCAUUAGGAAAUAUUUCGAAAAAACUUACAUAUUACAAAUAAUCUUGUCUUUGACAUAUGUUGUAGAGAAUUUAUUUCUAAAUAACAUGAGCUUUGAAUCAAAUGUGGCACUCACUUAUAAUUCCUAACAUAUUUUAAGUUUAAAUAUUUUAAAUUAAUAAUAUAUAACUAAAAGUAAUAAUUCAAUCUAAUUUAGGAAAAAUAUGAAUUUGUGAAUGUGCUAUGAUUUUCCUCACGCAGAUAUUCUUUGUUUUUCGUCAACCUCCCAAAAUUCUCGAAGGAGAAAACGUAUGAAUCAUAUAUUACAAUUAAACAAUAGACAAUUAAUUUAUUAGAAAACGAAAUAUUUUGCUAGGUCUUGCAUAAGAAUCAUAACUGUUCUUCUGUAUUGCAAUUUUAGUGAUAUCUUUGAAACAUUUAAAAGAUAUCCUACUUGUUUGAGAUGUUUUUAAGAUAUCUUUGAAAUUUAUUUUAGAAAAAUAUCUAACCUUGAAGGAUUAACGCUUUUUUUCAUUGAAUAAAUAACAUAAUUUUAAUUAUCAAGAUAUCAAGAUCAAUAUAUUAAGAUCAAAAUCAUGCCCCAGCUUUCUUAUACAUUUUCAACGUGGCUUAGAGAUUACUAAAUUUUAAUUUAAAAUAUCUCAGAAAAUAUAACAAAAGUGCCAUUUAAUUCAAAAUGUAUUUUACUCAAGAAUUAAAACUUUAAUAUUCGUUCAAAUCUGACAUUAUUCGGAUAUUCAAUUUCGGAUAUUCAGAUAAUCAGAUAUAUCUGAAUAUUUGCAAGCCCUGUUAGAAAUUAACACACAUAUAAAAAUCAAGGUUAUUCGAACUGUGGAAAAGUUUUCCUAAAGACUUAUCGAUAAAUUUUCCUACUGGAUACAUUCUAAAAUUCAUCGAAAUACAGUAUUGGAACCUUUUUUCCAGUAAUUGAACACGAACUGACAAAAUAGCCUUGACCCAAUGCAACUUUAUUACGAUUUUCUAACUAUAUACACGUUACAUAGUUUUACGUUAAUGUUCAGAAAUGUAUGUAUACGAUUAUAAAAUAUUAGCAACCUAAAAUUAAAAAAAAAGACAAAUUCAUGUAAUUGAUUAAAAAAUGUUCACUUUUAUAAAUUAAAAAUUUAUUCUGAAUUUAUUUUAAAUUAAAUAUUUAUUAAAUGUAUACUAAAUUAAAUGUUUACUCUUGUGAUUUUGAGUGGCAAUAUUAUUGAUUGUCUCUUUAUGUGAAUUUUCUCUCGUUUUGAGUGAGAUUUUACUCCAGAAAAGAAAUUUUGAAGGAAAUUUUACUUGAAGAAAUUGACUAAACCGUAAGUCGUUUUUAAUUCUCGCCAUCGAUGGUGUUCGAAUAUUUCAUGCGGUAUUUUCUUCAGGACAAAUGAAAUUGCGCCUUUUUGUCAUACAACGCAUCGUCAAUCGUGACGUUAAGUACACACUCUCUAAUCUUUUCCGCCGAACGUAAUAUCUUACAAACUCUCGGAGUAAUUUCGCAUCUUGCGAAAGCGGCAACUCCACUCGAUACUGCCAUUACGAAUUUGCACAUUUUUAAUCGCUAUGUACAAAGUACAAAUUAGCGAUUAUAACAAAGAACCAUGACGAGAGAAAUUUAUUGUCACGUAAUUUCUCCUAACGUAACGAAAAGAUCUAAUCGAUCGAGUAACGUCGAUUUUUCCGAUCAUCAGAUCGCGCACCACCGAGUUUGAUUAAGAAUGUAAUCCGCCGGAGCGAUUCCAAAUAAAAUAAAUGGAACGAGAAUUUAUACGGUACGGUGGGUAAACUCGAUGACGGAUUGAUCUGUACUGACGUUAAAGUCAAAUGCUAAAAAAUCGACUCGGACCUCGGAUAACUGUUAACAGUGCCUUUAUGAUAUUAUUAAGCUCAGAGAUAUUUUAAAAUAUGCGGAAAACAAAUAGAAAAAGAAAAAAAGAGAAAACGUGUCAUGGUAGUGUAAAUUGUGAAAAAGGAACUAGCGGAGGAAAGGAAGACGGACUCUGACGCGUAAUAAAUUUUACGCGCGCGGCAUGUAUAUAUUUAUCCGUUGCUUCGCAAACGAGUACAAGCCUUCGCACAUUAUUUAUAUAAUGAACGCUUUCUUUCUUGUACAACGAGAACACACGCCGCCUCGGAUCGGCAAUUGUAAGCUACGAGAACAAAGUCGACGUGAUCUUCAAGUUAUAUCGGACUUCAAAUUCGUUGCAAUUUUGUAUUUUCCGCCAAAGACACGUCGACGAUAAUUACGCUCCUUUUUGCAAUUGCAGAUUCCGUCGAUGUUGUGCUCGAGAAAAGUUUCCGGACAUAUUUUACUAUUGUACCAACACAUCAUAUAUUAUUUUCUUCUUAAUAUUAUUGUCCUCUUUGCUAUAUAUUAUGUAUACAUAUACAUAUAUUAUAUAUAUUAUCAAUUAGCAUUUAGGCAAACUUUAUACAUAUUGUACAUAUCAAACGCUAUUCUGUUACAAAUAAAUGUUUAAAUCGUA